AUCUAUGGCGAUUUAAUCAGUGUGUCUUGGCAAAAAGCUCAGGUGCUCAGGGCGCGUCUAGCUAGCUGCCGCAGCUGAAGAUGGCGGCGCGGAGGCCGCGCGGGGAGGAAGACGACGAUGAGGAGGGGACCGGAGCCGAUGAUCAUCCGCACAGGCGUGGCCCUAGGCGGAUCCGGCCACCGGCGCUUGCUUUUCCUGCCAUCGUAAGAAGAGCUGUGGCCCAAGAAACUAUUCAGCAAAUAGUCAACAAUCUGGAACCGCUUAUUCGUAGAGUGGUGCGUGAGGAAAUUCAGAACAUCUUUUCUCAGCACGAUCAUCACGUAUCGCUCAGAUCUCUUCCUCUAAGCAUCCAAGCAGCAGAUGUCUUGCCUCCUCUGAAGCUAGUCUUUUCUAAGAAGCUCCGCACACCAAUCUUCACAAACAACAAGCUUGUUGAUAUUGAGCAUGAGGCAAUUGAAAUCCAUCUCAUGGAUACAAGAACCAACUAUAUGAUCGCACCAACAGAUACUCAUCUAGGACCUUCAGUAAGACUAGAAGUGCUGGUUCUGGAUGGUGAUUUUUGUUGUGACGACCGGGAUGCGUGGACGGCUGAUCAGUUUAAUGCGUCGAUUGUGAAGGCUAGAGAAGGGAAGAGGCCAUUGAUAGUGGGCUCGCUCAUUGUGCCAAUGAACAAUCAUGGAGUGUCUGUGAUUGAUGAUGUGUCUUUCACUGACAAUUCGAGCUGGAUAAGGUGCCGGAGGUUUCGAAUUGGCGUGCGGAUCAUGCCUGGGAGCCAUUUUGGAGCAAGGAUCCAAGAGGCAGUCAGUGAGAGCUUCACCGUCAAAGACCAUAGAGGCGAAUUGUACAAAAAGCAUUAUCCUCCGUUGCUAACUGACAACAUAUGGAGGCUCAAGAAUAUUGGAAAAGAUGGACCAAUUGACAAGAGGUUGGAGUCCGAGGGGAUCAGGAACGUCCAGGAGUUCCUGAAACUUAACACCAUAGAUCCUGAAAAGCUUAGAGCUCUCGUCGGCAUGUCUGAUAAGCUAUGGAGUGCAACACUGAAUCAUGCAAAAACGUGUGACAUGGGACGGAAAUGCUACGUUUUCAAGGCUGCAGGGUGUGAUAUUACCUUUAACCCUAUAGGAGAGAUCUUGACAGCAAGAAUUGGAGAUCAGACAUUCCCUCUGCAUGAACUGCUCCCACAGCAACUGUUCCAUGUGAAGCAUUUGGCCACUCAGGCAUACCAGCUGUGGGAUCAACUUGAGGAAGUGACAACUGAGAUGCCACAUGCUGCAAAUAAAAGCUUAAUCCAAUCAGGUCGCCAGCCGAGUGAUAGCCAGGAGAGCAUGAUCAGCUCAGGGUCUCAGAACGCCAAGUAUCUUGACUACACCGGAACUGCUACCUCCAGUGCAGCAGCAGCAAUGUCGACCAACAGCAGCAGCACCUCCGAUUCUGCAGCAGCUACUUCAGCUAACGACGAUGCUAUGUUCUGGACCCCGAGCAUACCACCUGAUGAUCUCUUUGGUUGGCAGAACUCGAGUGGUUGCUGGGAUCAAGUGGAUUAACCUUUGGUCACGCUGUUUAGGUCCUGUUUGGAAUGACCUAGCAGGUUUGAUGUGUAGUAGCUAUUUUACAGUUACCUGCUAAGUUAUACUUGGAACAGGUUGGAACAGGUAGCUUGGUAUGUUUUCUAUGCUAAUAAAAUAAGACUAAGAAUGCAAUGAUUGGUUGCC